AAAUAAAGUCUGCAGACAUGUCUCAGCGUACGAGAAAGAUUAUUGCCUUAGCAAAGACUGGAGAUAAUACAGCAAAAGAAAAUAUACCUGUCAUGGAAAACAUGGAGAAUCUUAAUUCAAGCGCUUCAGACGGAUUUGAUCCAAUAUCUAAUUGGGUAGUUGAAGUUGAUCCAGAUGUCCUAAAAAAACUUGAUUCUGACAAAAGUAAAGUGACUCCAGAUAGAGACUUUCCUUUCAAUAGCAGUUGCAAAAAUGAAAAACAAAUGAGAAAGAGCCCAUUGUCUGAAGCGAAAUGUCAACAUACAUUUAAUGCCCCAGAGACGAGUUAUAUGGAGAAUGAAGUCUCAGAUCCAGCAAAAAAAAACAAAAAUCAACAUACUAUCCCACUGGAUAUUAAAAAAUGGUGUGCCUGAUUUGAUGGGAUCUGCAAUACCUACAGAUGUUUACGAGUUCAGUGACAAUAUGGAUGCGGACACGACUGUCAAUUCCAGAGCUCAUCCCUCUAUGGAACAAGAUAUUCAAGUUAUUGUUGUUCCAUCUAAAGAGGAAGUAGAGCAUUUAUCAAUGCCAAAAGACUUACCAAUGAUAGUUGAUGAGAUUUAUGUUAUCAAUGGAGUUGACAAAAGCAAUAUUGAGUGUGCGCCUGUACAACUUAUCGAAGAUUAUGUCCAGCUCAGUGGGCCCAACAUAUCAAUCUCUGAUUUAAAGAAUGCAGAUGAAGUUAUCAAAGAAGCAACCCCACAUGGAGAUGAUAAGGCUACUGUAGAAAGGACACAAAAAAAGCAUUAUAAAGACAAACAGACACACUGCUUUUAUUGUGAAAAGGACGUAUCUCAUUUCAGUAGACAUAUUGCAACCUGGCACCAGAAUGAGUUUGAUGUACAACGUAUACUUUCGUAUCCAUCUAAAUCAAAAGAAAGAAGACAUGCUGUAACGACUUUGGCAAAACGGGGAAAUUACCUUAGAAAUAGAUUCAAUCCAAAGUUGAGACCGGUGAGACGAGUAACUUCAACUUCCUUACCAUCAAGUAGGAGUAGUGAUUUUCUGCCUUGUUCACAUUGUCUCGGAUUUUACAAGAACGCAAGUUUAUACCGACACACUAAAAGCUGUAGCAGUCGCCCAGAAACAUCCACCCAAAAAAGGCAGAGUG